AUGGCUAUUCCUAUGGAUUGGUUAGCAAUUGCUGUGGAUUGGCUGCACCCCUAUGCGAAUUGGCCGCCACUCAGUGUAAAAUUAGCUUAUAAGGAAGGGAAAAAAUCUGCAUUUUCCAACCAAUUCAGCCCCUUGGGGACCUUUAAAAGCCCGGCAUGCUCAGCUUUCUACCUCACUGCUACUCCCCCACCUUUCUCAGGGAACCUUCCUACUCAUCAUCUCCUCCCUUGCCUUCAAUUGCCCUUUGCCAUGGUUCGAGGAAACAAACAAAUUCAAUGCCCGGACUGCACCACCAUGGUUUCUCACCAGAAGGACCUCAAAAGGCACAUGAUACUACACGCCAAAUUGCAACGCUGGUAUGCUUGCCCCGACUGCCCAGUGAGGCUUCUCCAAAAGAGCAAUCUUGAGACCCACAGGGCCAAACAUCACACCGGUAACGAAAAGUACAAGUGCACCGAUUCCCGCAACUGUACUUGGGGCGGCAUCAGCCAAGGCGUCCUCACCAAACACCGACGAAAGUACCACGGCAACGUGCCACCUUCCGGAGAUAUCGUGCAGCCCAUCCCUGACGGCAGUUCCUACGAAAGGGAAACCACCGCCGAGUCCUCGGGUUCCUCUUCAUCGUACGAUUUCGAGGCUCCAACCGGUGGUGGCCUCAACCCUGGCGAAACGUUCAUGGACCGAUUCAUCGCUUCCUCUUUUCCCAACGAAGGCGCUGGAUUUAACCGACCCAUGACCCCGCAGGCACCGGAAACCGAGAGGAAUAUUCUCUGGACCUCGCCCACGACGGGCUUUCAGCAUGGUAAUGUGUGCUAUUCACCGGAGGCCAAACAGCUCUACCCUGCCGCAAGUACAGGUUCCCUUCUCGACGAUGGUCUCGACUUUAUUCCGUUCUUGGAAGGACAUCCGACGCCAGGCGACGAUGGUUUAAUCGAUGCGGUCCCCUACCCUGAUGCUGGUAACGCGGGUUCCCUUGGAUCGACGCCGGACGCAAUGGGAAAUACGAUCACGUUCAACGCACCUGCUCCAGCCCAUGCACCUUUCGGAUAUCAGUACACUCUUCCGCCCAUCAACCCGGCUCCUCCCCGGCUAUAUGUUCCUGCAAUGAUGUACCCUGGGUCCCAUCAGCCAUCAUCUUCGGACGUGUCGAACAUUGGAAUGUCGCAACAGGAUAUAGUAUAUGGAUCGAUUCACACCUAUGGACAAGGACCACCGAUCCCGGAUGCCUCAACGAGGACGUCAUCGAAUGGUUACUCUGAGUACGUGCCAGGACCUUCGAGGAGCAGGAUGUACUACGUCGAUGACCAGGGACAGUAUCGAUACGGUUGA